GGUGGAGGAGGGCAUGCAUCCUCACGGCACGGGAUUGUGCAAGAGUGGGCAAAUGACACAAGCAGCAACACGUUACCCCGAGACCAAGAGAGAAAAGAAAUGGAGCCUAGUGAGACGCCCGACGAGUACUAUUACUACGAGGAGACUGAGAACAACACCAUGUGCGACUACACCAGGGGGACGUUGUCCCGGCCGCUCAUUUCAGUGUUCUUCAUGCUCAUCUUCAUUUUGAGCCUGUUUGGCAACAGCGUGGUCAUUUCCACCGUGUGGAGGGCGCAAAGGAAGCGGCGAGCGGCCUUCCUCUAUAUCGGCAACCUGGCCCUGGCCGACCUGGCCUUAACCGUCUCACUGCCCCUGUGGGUGCUGUACACGGCCAUGGACAACCACUGGCCCUUCGGGAUGGCCCUGUGCAAGAUCAUCAGCUAUGUGGAUCUCCUCAGCAUGUACGCCAGCGUCUUCCUCCUCACCUGCUUGAGCUUUGACCGCUACCUGGCCAUUGUGCACUCACUGUCCUUGCUGUGCACCGGCAGCCACAUCUACGCCUCCAUUGCUGCCGUCUGGAUGCUGUCGGGACUCCUGUCUACGCCCGCCCUCGUCUUCCGCACCACCUUGGACGAGCUGAGCAGCAACCGCACUUUCUGCAGGUUAGACUUCAGGUCUGUCACGACCAGUGAGCAUCAGGCGAGUUUGCUGUAUGCCGGGUUAAGCUUUUCAUUAUCCACCCUGGGGUUCCUGCUCCCCUUACUGGCCAUGGUGGUGUGCUAUGGGUUGAUCGGCUGUACGGUGAUUCGCCACUUCAACACUUAUCGCAAAGGAGACCAACGCAAGUGGCAACUCUUGAAGGUCAUCACCACAGUGGUUGUGGUUUUCGCCGUCUGCUGGAUCCCCCACCAUGUGGUGAGAACCAUGGGCACCCUCUCUGAUUUGAACCUGUUUCCAGUUACCUGUGCUUUCCAGCGCUCUCUGCUGCUGGCCUACCCAUACACCGCCUGCCUGGCCUAUAUCAACAGCUGCCUCAACCCCUUCCUCUACGCCUUCUUGGACCUGCGUUUCAGGUCACGUUGCCUGCACUUGCUUCAGCUCAAGAAGUACUGCCAGAAACCCACCAGGGUCUAGUGCAGGGGUGGGCAAACUGUUUGACUGGCGGGCCGAAUUUGGUUCGAAAUUUUGAUCGGGGGGCCGAACCAGGAGCAGAUGGAUGUAGUGUUUGUGUGAAGUAAUAGAAAUGACAUGUAAAGGUCAUUGCAUGAAAGGUUUGUACUUUUAGUAGGUAGUAAAGCAUGGAUAU